AUGGUUCACACGAGGCGAAGUUUUCUCACUGCAGAAACCCCAUCUUCUUCAUCGACUUCUGGAAAGGGACCGGUCUUGAAAAGUCGUUCAGCUAAGUUAACUACUGUUGCUGAAUCAUCCCGAAGAAAAGCGACCGUUUGUUCAUCGAACAAGAAGUCACGGAACCAACGUAGUUCUUCUUCGGGUGGUGAUGUGAAACCUCUGCUCGGUCGCGAACGAGAAUUUUCUACCGUGUGUGGAUGGAUUGAAAAGUCAAUGGCAGACGGGCUGCCGCUUUCUCUCUAUAUAAGUGGGUCACCAGGAACAGGCAAGAGCGCUACCAUGAGUUUAGUGCUAAAGCGGCUCGACUCUCAAAUCAUCUCUACUACAUUAAAUUGUGCUUCUCUUCAUUCUCAAAACGAACUGAUAACAUCCAUCUUAAAAGCUUUAAGGAGCUCCGCUCGACCUUCGCUGACAGCUCUGGCUUCUGUCUUGAAAGGAUUGGAAAAGCACUUCGUGCUUGUUCUCGAUGAGAUAGAUCAUUUGGCAACGAAAACUAACUCGUUUUUGUAUUCUGCAUUUCAGUGGCCGUAUUCAGUUACAGCUAAAAUCAUAGUUAUCGGUAUCGCAAACUCUAUAGAUCUAACGGAAAGAUUGCUCCCAAAGUUGAAGUUGAGUCAUCCCCCAAAAACGCUUGUUUUCACUCCAUAUUCAAAAGAAGUAAUAGCUGAAGUCUUGAAAUCCAAAAUGUCAGCUGAAAUGGGUGACGCAAUGGAUGAAAGAGCUGUGGAGCUAUGUUCGCGAAAAGUAGCUGCUGUGAAUGGUGAUUUGCGGGCGGCUCUUCACAUUACUAAACAAAUGAGGAAUUUGAACGAGACGUCUACACCGCGGGGUUGUCGAGAGGUAUUGGGAGUGCUUAACGGCGUCUACUCUUCGCCUCUUGCAAGGGCGCGGCUCCCUCUCCAACCACGGCUUAUACUUGCAGUUGCGCUUUCUGUGUCGUCAAGUAAAAAGAGUGUUUUAACAGUGAAUUCCUUGACAAAUGCAUAUUCUCGGGCUUGUGAUGUUGUCAAAGUCCCCCGUCUGGAAGGAGAUGAUUUUGCUGCUGCAAUGCAAAUUUUAGAAAGUCAAUCAUUCAUCGUGGAGUCUCCUGGUGGCAAACUAAUUCUCAAGGUUGAUGCGGAUACUGCUGUAUCUGCAAUUGCAGAUAGUGCCAUGAUAGCUCAAGUCAGUAAACUCAACUUGUGA